ACUUCCUAGAUUUCUUCCCAAACAUACUCUAGCAAAAACUUAGCAAAAAACUCAAAUCUCUUGCGAUGGCGCAACCUCUCACACGCUCCGAGACCGAUGCAGCUAUAGCCAACCAUGGACCAAUGCUUCAGCUCCACCCUGACGAGCAAUACGUCAACUGCUCAAUCGAAUGGAUGCUCUCGCACAGCACUCUGAUUGACACCAAAGAUAAAACCAAGAACAUCGUUCAUCCUCGGCCAGACCAACUUCCCCAAGGACCAAAGCAAGGCACCCAAUAUUAUCUCGAGGUAGAAGACUCAGCCAAGCCGGGCAACUUUUCCACAGCGAAGGCAUACGUAAAUGCUUUCUGGCAAAAAGGCUUGACUUACACUGAUCUGCAAUUCUGGUUCUUCAGCGCCUACAAUGGUCAUGGAACAGCACUAUUUGGCAGCCUCGUUGAAGACAAAGUGGACCAUCAAGCUGAUAUCAACCUCGCUCCACUAGGCGAACACUGGGCUGACUGGGAAUACGCUGCUAUCCGAAUCGACAACGCAAGCAAGGAAAUGAUCGGUAUCAUGCUCUCCGAACAUGGUAAGAACAUUUUCUUCGACAAGGCUGCUGUUGCAAAACAGUUCAAGAUGGUAAAUGGAGAACACCCUGUCGUAUAUUCGUCCUUGAACGGGCAUGCAAACUUUCCAGGCGUUGGAACCAACUUCUCUGAACAUCACCAGGUCCUGGGCAAGCCUGCAGGUCUGGACUUCAAUAUCGUCAAUGCUACUGCUGAUGGGGGUUUGCAAUUCGACUGCUCGACCAGAUAUCAAGUCGUUGCUGCGGACUGGUUGACAGGAACUCCUGGCGCAUAUGAUAUUCCUGCUUGGGUCGGAUAUCCCUAUCGCUGGGGUCCGGAAGGCACUACCAUCCAUAUGAAAUUGACUACACUGUCCGAGUUCAUCAAGGCUGCCUUGAGACCGAAAGACUUCUUUGAAGUGUUGGUUUUGGAUGAUCCGAUAACGCUUUUGGCGUCAGAGUUGUUGCAUGUUUUUGUGAAGGCAGAUAUUAAUGGUGCCGCAGCGCCAGCGACGCAAGCUCCAUGGACUGGGCAUUAUUCUUGAAAGGCUGUGCUUGAAAUCGUUCGUUGCCUUUCAAUGCCGUUUGCUGUGGAGGAUUGAAUUCGUCUUGAGUUGUUAACGAAAUCUUUUUGGCUGAGCAGUCGACUUCCAUGAGGCUUAUAUUAUGGAAGGUGGGACAAUGGGACUAUGAGUAUCAUUUUCCUAACACUGGGCUAGCGAGAACGGCACGAGGUAGUUAGUGGUAGGUAGUUGAGGCGAAGUUGAAAAGGGGUCAGUCUUAUUGGCUGUUUUCUUGCCAAGGGUCAGCAUCCAGUCGGCCCGUGGCUAUCGCAAAUCGUAUCGUCACUCGGACUGCUCUUAUGUCCGGCGUUCAAUUCUUGUCAUCCGAUCGUGAUUUUCCUCCUCAAUAGAAUGAAAUGUUGAUCCUGUG